AUGUCGUUGGAGGCAGCCGCGGCCCUGCCUGCAGCCCCGCACCUCCAGCACCACGACCACCGGCCCUGCCCUCGGCCCCGGGCGAAGGAGCGGCGGCCGCAGACGGGCGGGUCGGCGGGGCUCGGCUGCCCUGCGCCGAGCCGGCACCGGCCGGGCGCCCGCGGGCUGCGGGGCUUCGCGUGUCGCCUCCUUCUCCCCGAGCCUCCCUGCCCCCCCCCACCGGCCGCCCCCUCCCCCUCGCCCGCGCUCCCUUUUGUUCGCUCUCCGCUCGGGCCGAGCCUCCGCCGCCGCCCCGCCGCCCGGGGCCCGCACCCCCGUCGUAGGCCCCGGCGUGGCCGCCCCACCGCCCCGCCGCCGCCGCCGCCGCCGCCGCCGCGCGGCCUAGAGCGCGGCGCCCGGGGAGGCGCGCGGGGCCCGGGCCGGGCGCACGGCGAGGCCGCGGCGGCGGCGGCGGCGGCGGCGGCGGCGGGGCGGCGGCACCGGCAGCAUCGGCGGCGGCACCGGCGGGCGAGGCCGCCCCGCCGCUCACGCACAGCCCGGCCGCGGCGGCGGGGAUGCGACGACACGCCCGUGGUAUGGAAGCAGCAGCAGCAGCAACAGCCGGCGGCGGCGCCGCGCGGAACAAAGGUCAUCCGAGCUGCGGCCCAGACGCCCGGGCUUGACCGCUGCGAGGGCCGACCCCGGGCCGGGGGUGGGUGUGCGCCCCGGGGCGCGGGGCGCGCAGGGCCGCGGAGGAAGCGGGGCGCGCGCGGGCGGGCGGGCGGCUUCCCCCAGGGGGCGAGGCUGGGGCGCCGGCCCCUCGUGCCCGGGGCCUUGGCGAUCGCCGGCCGGCGCGUGUGGCUCUGGUCCCUGGGCCUGAUCGCCGCGGCCUGUCCCACGGCCGGCCUCGGGGACAGCCGGCCUUCGCGCCCUGCCGGCCUCCUUGGGGGGGUGGGGGGUAGGGGGGCACCCGAGGCCCCGCGGGUUUGGCUAGGCCCCGCCGGUUCCGAGAGGGGGGCCACGUGA